UACAUUUGCGAUUCCAAAUUCGUAAAGAAAAGUACAAUCAUAUAGUUUAUAUUUUAAAUAGCCAACAACCCAAUUUGGUUUUGUAACUAAAGCUCUGUUUUGAUCUUUAAAUCUUUGUGAUUACGGUUUAUUUGUCUAAAUUUGACUUUCAAUUUUGCGUACAAUUCAAGCACCCUCACUUACCUACAUUCUUAGCGUAUUUGUCUUGCGUUUCUUUGUUUUUCUUAUUUUUUUGUUUUUUUUUUGUCUCUUACACGUGAAUCUCUUCCUCAAUUCUUAAUAAGGUUCUUUUUCUUGAAAAUUAACAUAUUUUACAUUUUUGUUCAAUAGAUUGUUAUCAUUCAUAGUUUUGAUACACACGGAAAAAUAUUGAAGGGUUUUAGCAAGAUUGAGUAUAUUUUCUUUGGGAGCUUGUCAAAUUUGUAGCCUUCUUGAGCUGAUUGGGAUCUAAUCUGAUCUGGGUUUCUUCUGUUUCCACCAUAACUUGCAGUUUCUUGAUUUCUUUAUAGUUAGGAACUUCAUCGAACAUGAGCAAAUGGCUUAGCAAAAUUUUUAAAGGCUCCAGCCAUAAUAUCUCAGAAGGUCAUUAUCGUGGAAAUUAUGGACAAGAUCCUAACUAUUAUGCACCUUCUACUUCAGGGGUUGAAUGGUCAGAGCAGGAGAAUGAAGAUAUUAAUCGUGCUAUAGAAUGGUCUCUUUUAGAGGAGAAUCAAACUGGAAAACGUGUUAUUAAUAAUGAGAAUCAACUAGAAGAAGAUGAACAACUUGCUAGAGCUAUACAAGAAAUCUUGAAUGUCGAAUCUCCUCCUCGAUAUGGAUAUGGAUAUGGAAAUGGAAAUGGAAAUGGAAAUGGUUAUGGAUAUGGAAGUGGAAGUGGAAGUGGAAGUGGAAAUGGCAAUGGCAAUGGAAAUGCGUAUCAAGGAAAUGUAUAUCAACCCAUCCCAGUUCACUUUCCAAUGGGGUAUAGGAUCUGUGCUGGUUGCAAUACUGAAAUUGGUCAUGGAAGAUUUCUAAAUUGCCUUAAUGCAUUUUGGCAUCCAGAAUGUUUCCGGUGCCAUGCUUGCAACCUACCAAUUUCUGAUUACGAGUUCUCUAUGACUGGGAAUUACCCUUAUCAUAAAUCUUGCUACAAGGAGCGCUACCAUCCAAAAUGUGAUGUUUGCAAGUACUUUAUUCCAACAAACCCUGCUGGUCUUAUUGAAUAUAGGGCACAUCCUUUUUGGAUCCAGAAAUACUGCCCAUCUCAUGAACAUGAUGGUACUCCUCGGUGCUGCAGUUGUGAGAGAAUGGAGGCGCGAGACACGGGAUAUAUUGCACUUAGUGAUGGUCGGAAGCUUUGCUUAGAGUGCCUGGACUCUGCAAUCAUGGAUACUAAUGAGUGCCAGCCCCUUUAUCUUGAUAUACAAGAAUUUUACGAAAGUUUGAAUAUGAGAGUGGAGCAGCAUGUUCCACUGCUCCUUGUUGAGAGACAAGCACUAAAUGAAGCCCGGGAGGGAGAAAAGAAUGGCCAUUAUCACAUCCCAGAAACUAGAGGACUUUGCCUUUCUGAGGAACAAACAAUCAGCAGGGUAUUAAAGCGGCCAAAGUUUGGGGCCGGAAACCGAGCAAUGGGGAUGGUCACAGAGCCUUACAAAUUGAUGCGUCGUUGUGAGGUGACAGCAAUUCUCAUAUUAUUUGGCCUCCCAAGAUUACUGACAGGGUCAAUCCUCGCUCAUGAGAUGAUGCAUGCAUGGAUGCGACUUAGAGGCUUCCAACAUCUCAGUCAAGACGUUGAGGAGGGUAUUUGUCAGGUGCUUGCACACAUGUGGUUAGAGUCACAGCUUGCAUCUAGUUCGGGCAUCAGUGCUGCAUCAUCGUCUGCUUCAAGAGCUUCAAAACGGGGUACAAGAUCUCCAUUUGAGAGGAAGCUUGGGGAAUUUUUCAAGCAUCAGAUUGAAUCAGACACUUCUCCAGUAUAUGGAGAUGGAUUCAGAAUGGGCCAGCGAGCAGUGCAAAAAUAUGGCCUUGAAAAGACACUUGACCAUAUUCGGAUGACGGGGAGGUUUCCAUAUUGAAGUCCUGAAUCCUGAAUUUUUACAAUGCUUUUCUCAAUUUUACACGAUUCAAAGCUUUGGCCUUUUCCUAUAUGACCCCUAGGCCGAAGCACACUGCACAUUGGAAUUGGUUUACUAGAUAGUAGUUUUCAGGAGUGUUCAUUUUUUUUUCUAGUGGCUAUAAUGCCGUUGAAUAGCUAUUUUAGUAAAUUUUUAUCAUUAAUGAGAAAUAUUCAUUCUUUGAUUUCAA